CUCGAAUUCCUUGCUAUUAUUGUCCCUGCUUCGGUUCUCCUUCUUGCUUCUGCUUGACUGAAAAUGUCAUUUCAGCAGUGCCCGGCCCGCACCGCAUAGCAAGUCGCCACCUCUACUCUUAACUCUGGUGCAGUCACGAUGUCGAGCAAAAUGUCAACAGGCAGCACCCAGUUGCCAGCGGCUGGGUCCGGAGCGCCUGGCCUCGGCAAGCCGGCUGCAUCUCCACGUCCAGCUCGGGCUUUGUCCACACCUUCUGCAACAGCGAUUAAGGCCCCGAUGGUUCUAUCUCGGAGCACGCAACCGCGUUUGCCGAUGGAGCCAGACAAACUUCAGGUGGUCGCGGGGCACCACGCGCAAACGGGCGCGCCUGCGGUAACGAUAGAGAUGCCAUCGAAGCUGUCGGGUCUGGAUGUCAACUUCGCGUAUCAGCGGCGCCAGGUGUCACAGUCCACGUCGACGUCGCAUGCCCUGACGGAGGCCACAGACCUCCAACCAGCGCCAGCGCCAAGCGCAGCGUCAGGGAGCUUUGCGGGCGACUUAAUGCCAUCAAACGCUGCCUCGGGUGCAGCCCCGCAAGUCCUGGAAAUGGUUGCAAGCGACGCGACGGCAGCACACAUCGUCGCGGGGUUGUCAGCGGAGCUGGACGCGCUGCUGCUCGAGGUGGAGCAGGAGCUUCUGCCCUUCCUUGGGACACGGCCUCAGCACCCCUCCGGCCCAACUGGCAGCGCGCCUGCCGCCGCUGCCGCUGCGCAGCCGGCGCACAGCCCAGCGGCUUCCUCAGCCGCCGCCGCCGCGGCCGCCACCAGCAGCGGCCCCCGGCGGGAGGCCCCCACGCCCCAGGGCCUGUCCCUGCUGCAGCUGGCGCAGCGGCCGCCGGGCGGUCGACAGGCGCGCAGCAGCAGUAGUAGCAGCACCCGCAGUAGCAAGGCCGCCAGCAGUAAGGCUGCUGCAGUGCCUUCGGCUCCCGCCGAAGCGAAUGGCGCGGCCUCUACAGCCCUAGUUGCACGGGACAAGGAGGCGGGGGCAGGGGCGAUGGUGGUGGCGGCGAGCGCGGGUGACCGCGCGCAGCGGCGGCGGCAGAUCUGGCAAAAGUCUGCGCCUGUGGAGCCGUCGCCGGCGCUGCCUAAGAACGGGUAUUUUAAGGCGAAGGGCGGCAACUCGGUGGCCAAGUUCAUGGGGGGCUUCCAGCGGGACUCGCUGCUGAACCCCGCCGAGGAGCAGCAGCUGGCCAGCGCGGCCCAGGACUUCAUGGAGCUGCAGGCGCUGCAGUCCAUCAUGACCUCGCUGCUGCGCCGCCCGCCGCGCCUGGCGGAGCUGGCGGAGGCCAUCCACUGCGACGAGGACGCGCUGCGGCUGCGCCUGGACGCCGGCAACCGCGCCCGCGCCAUCCUGGCGCAGAAGAAUUACCGGCUGGUGGUGGCGUGCGCCAAGUGGGCCUGCAAAAACGGCGUGGGCGGCGGCGGCGCCGGCAGCGGGCACGACGGCAGCUACGAGCUGGCGUUUGAGGACGCGCUGACUGCGGGCAUGGAGGGGCUGAUGCGCGGCAUCCACAAGUUCCGGCCCGACAGCGGCUACCGGCUGUCCACCUACUGCACUUGGUGGAUCCGGAUGAGCAUCCGCAAGACGCUUUCGCGCCAGUCCACAGCGCUACAGCUGCCGUUGAGCGUGCUGCAGAGUGUGGAGGCGCUGGUGUCGGCGCGACUGCGCCUCACCAAGCCCGGAGCCAGCCCGCCCACGGACGAGGCCGUAGCGGCGGAGCUGGGCUGGAGCAUGACGCGAAUUCGCAACGCGGACGCGGCGCGGCGGUUCGCGACCAGCAUCAAGUCGUUUGAGGCGCCCGCCUCAGCGUCAGCGGGUGGCGGCGGCGGCGGCGGUGAUGACGACGGCGGCGGCUCGCUGGAUGACCGCUUCGUGCAGAUGCUGGAGGAGGACGACUUUGCGGAGGGCGCCGGCUCGGCCCUGGCGCUGGACAGCGAGGAGUACUUCAUGCGCAGCACGGACCUGGCUGCGGCGGUGGAAGGCGUGCUGGCCGAGGUAGACGCCGAGGACAGCGCCCUCAUACGGCGCGAGUUCGGGCUGGAAGAGGUGCCGCCGAAUCUGAUCCGGGGCGUGGGAGAUCUGGAUCUGGAUCCGGGGCAGCCUGCAGGAACUGAAGCGGGCGGAACUGCUGGAGGUGUUGGAGGUGCUGGUGCGAGCGGGAGGCGGCGGCGGAGGAAGGCAGCGGGCGGCGCCGUGGCGGCGCCGAUUGGCACGGUCUCAAGCGCGCAGGCGGCGGCGGUGGCGGCGGUGGCGCGCGGGCGGAAGGGCGCUCCAGCGGCGGUGGCGGAGGGCGCACAGCCGCGUGCGUCGGGGGCAGACCGUCUGCAGCUCGCCGGCCCGGCCAAGUCUGUGCCCCGGAAAGGCACGCGCGUGCGGCACGCCAUUAAGAAGCUGCAGGACGCACUCGGAGACAAGCAGGCGGCGGCGGCGGAGGCCCAGGCCGCGGCAGGCGGCCGCAAGCCCCGCGGCAGGGGCCGUGCGGGGGCAACGGAGGCGGCGGAAGGCGAGGCGGCGGAGGGGCAGGAGGCGGAGAGUGGCGGCCUGGACACACCCGUGGCGCUGCUGCUGUCAGCCAGCCGUGACGCACGCCGAUUGCCGGGCCGGUCGGCGGGCGCCUAUGCGCGGAAGUCCUCUUUCUGAGCUGUGAGGAGUAUGACGGAUCAGGGGACACGCGGGCAGGAAAGCGGGCAGCAAUACAGGCAGGAAUUAGGCAAUACCACCCUGGUGUAGUGCAGCAGAAUGUAUGCGCGUUGGCGAGGCGAUGAGAGAUGCUGGCGUGGUCGGUGACGGAGCAGCAUGCGUCCUGAGCCGCGGAGUGCUGCGAGGCGGAUGGUGCAGGGACGGCUUGACGAGCAGGCUGCAGGAGUAGGAGCGGCCUGGCGUUUGGACGGUGUACCAUACAUUGCGCAUAGUUAACACGUAUUUCGUAGGUCAGCUUCGCGCAGCAGAUAGGGGCCUAGUGGAACAUGCAGGGCCGCGGCCAUGCGUACGGGUGAGCUAGAUGUGGUGUCGGGAAGGUCGUACUCAGCUCGUUAGAGGGUUCGCUGCUUCAGGCUUGCGACUAUGCACGGGAUACAUACGUUGGGGUGUAUUGAAUGGGGUUUACUACCGUUUCGUUCGCUGAUUUGAUGCAUUAAUGCAAGGAAGAGCUGCCGUCUGAAGUGAGAGUGGCUGUCGAGUGUUAACGAGUGAGUGUACGCAGGGAGCCGCGUCCAUGGGAGAUGUUAGGUGGUGCGGCACGUUUUUGUGGGCGUCUGGACCAACAGUGAAUAAUUCCGUACCGUAGUCCACAGACCUUAGUAGCACUAGUGGCAUUCUGGUGGCGGCGUACUCUGGCACGCUGCCACUGGGGCAUAAACGUGGUGUAAGGCAUACUGUCG